AUGCCAGCCGUCGUCAACGACCCCGCGGCGUGGGCGAAGCUCGUCGGCGCAGCGCGCUCGGGCAAGGAGGGCUUCUUCGCCUUCUACUCGUCGGUGGCUGACGCAAUCACCACCAACGUCUCCCUGAUGACGCUGCCGGUCGACGACCACGCGAUUGUGCGCGGCCACGCCGUCUUUGACACCUGCUCGCUCGCGGAGGGUCGGAUGUACCGCCUCCAGGUCCACCUCGACCGCCUUUUCGCCUCUGCGGCUUCGGCGCGGCUUCCUCUCCCCUUUGGCGGGGACGAGGCGGCGAACCGAGAAAGGAUCACCGAGAUUGUGCGCGCCACGUGCGUCGCGUCGGGCCGGCGGAGCUGCGACGUCCGCUUCUGGCUGACCGCCGGCACCGGCAACCUCGGCGUCACUCCCGCCGGCUGCACGCCCUCCCUCUACGUGCUCUGCUUUGGCGGUCUGCCACCACUGCCAGGCUCCGAGGAUGCGGACACGGUCGGCAUCUCGGAGGCGACUGUGCCGCUCAAGCCGGCCGCGCUCGCCGAGCUCAAGUCGAACAACUACCUGCUCAACGCGCUGUGCAUGCUCGCCGCCAAGGAGCGGGGAGGCACGUACGGCAUCGGCGCCGCCGCCACCAUCGCCGGCGUGCUCGAGUUUGGAGUCUUUCUUCUCGCCGGCGACACGCACGGCUACCCCGUCGUCCGGCUGGAUGGCGAGCAGAUCGGCGACGGGAGGCCGGGCCCGGUCUACGCGGCGCUCAAGCGGCUCCUCCUCGAAGACGCCGCCACCGGGAACGCGCACCACGAGCCGCUGCAGGCGGGCGGCGCGUAA